AUGGCUGCAGCCAGAAGGGGCCCCCAGCCUGAGGCCUUAAAGGGGGGGUCUAAGAAGCAGCGAAUCCUAGCAGCAGCAGCAGCAGCAACAGCAGCAGCAGCAGCAGCAGCAGCAGAUAAAGCAGCUGCUGCAGCGGAAGAAGCAGCGCAGAAAAGAAGAGCCGGCGAGGCCCCACAGGACGCCCAAAGCCCCCGGGCAGCAACAGAGCAGCAGCACAAGAAGCGUAAAGUGAAGCAGCAGCAGCAGCAGCAGCAGCAGCAGCAGCAACAGGAGCAGCAGCAGGAGCAGCAGCAGGAGCAGCAGCAGUCAGAAGACGGUGAAGGCGACCAAGAAGAGUCCCUGGAGACGCACAGCAAACAGACCCACAAACAGCAGCAGCAGCAGCAGCAGCAGCAGCAGCAGCAGCGACAGCAGCAGCAGCAGCAGCAGCAGCGGCUGCCUGACUGGACUAGCCGGUACAUCCUGGUGCCCAGCGAAGGCGCAGGAGACGCAGCAGCUUCUGCUGCUGUGCUGCAGUCUCUACAUCCUGCUGCUGCUGCUGCUUUUAAGAGGCGUGUUGGAACCACCUUCUUCCCCACUGCCACAUCUGCUGCUGCUGCUGCUGCUGUUGCUGCUGCUGCUGCUGCUGCUGCAGUUCAACUGGCGGUGAUCCCUCAUUUGCUGCGUCUCCUCGAGCUUCCUUUCGGCUCCCUGGAGGCCAGCGACGUCUGCGUGCAUGCAGCCACCGGGGAGGGCAAGACUCUUUGCUAUGCACUGCCUCUCGUCAGUCACCUCUGGAAUGCCGUGGUGCCCCGGCUGCGCUGCGUCGUGCUGACCCCCACGCGCGAGUUGGCGCUGCAGGUGUGGGGAGUCUUUUUGCUGCUGCUCGAGGGAUCGAUCGAUCCCAGCGGGGAUCGGGGAUCGAUCGAUCCCAGCGGGGAUCAGGGAUCGAUCGAUCCCAGCGGGGAUCAGGGAUCGAUCGAUCCCACUGGGGAUCGGGGAUCGAUCGAUCCCAGCGGGGACCGGUCGAUCCCCGAUCCCACUGGGGAUCGGGGAUCGAUCGAUCCCACUGGGGAUCGAUCUGGGGAUCGGGGAUCGAUCGAUCCCACUGGGGAUCGAUCUGGAGAUCGGGGAUCGAUCGAUCCCAGUGGGGAUCGAUCUGGGGAUCGGGGAUCGAUCGAUCCCAGCUGGGAUCGGGGAUCGAGCGAUCCCAGGCGGCUUCGCGUGGCUUGCCUUGCGGGGGAGACGAGCACUGCGAAGCGACACAAGGCUGCUGCUGCUGCUGCUGCUGCUGCUGCUACAGCAGCAGCAGCAGCAGACGCUCCUGUAGCACUUGAUGCAGCAGAUGAUGCUGCAGCAAAUGCUGCUGCUGCUGCUGCUGCUGCUGCUGCUGCUGAUGUGGUGGUUUGCACCCCAGGGCGCUUUGUCGAUGCAGCUCAAGUGUACAUACACCACAGAAGGAGGGGCACUCCAGGGCCUGGCCUCUCCUUCGAAGCCCUUCAGUGGCUAGUUCUUGAUGAAGCAGACAGGCUGCUCAGACAGUCCUACCAUGGUUGGCUCGAGGUCUCUAGGCUUCUUGCAGCACUAAGAGAGGGGCCCCCACAGGGGGGCCCCUGGGGGCCCCCCUCUGGGGGCCCCCUGGGGGCCCCCCAGGGGGGCCCCCCUGGGGGCCCCCAUGGGGGCCCCCAGAGGGGCCCCGGUGCUCAAGAUGAAGUCAAUGGGUUACUUCAGGCGCCGCCAGUCCGAAAGAUUCUCCUCUCGGCAACAAUGACUCGGAAUCCAAAGGCCCUGCACGACCUGCAGCUCUACAAGCCUCUGUUCUUCUUUUGCUCCGCCACAGGGGCAGCGCAGACCCCCCAGGGGCUGCAGCAGCGGUUUGUUUUGUGCAAAGCGGAGCAAAGGCCCCUGGUGCUGCUGGCGCUGCUGUACCAGCUAGCCAACAGCGCAGCAGCAGCAGCAGCAGCAGCAGCAGCAGCAGCAGGAAGCCCCAGCCCCAAGGCCUCUGCGCAGAAGGGAGUUCUCCGCGUUGUUGUAUUUUGUGCUUCUCGGCGAGCAGCUCACAGGCUCUCUCGUUUGCUGCAGCUGCAUUUUUCGUCCCCCGAGAGGAGGCUGAAGGAGUUUGUGCCGCCCUUUGACUCACCGGAGACUCCAGACAGCAGCAGUAGCAGCAGCAGCAGCAACAACAACAGCAGCGACAGCAGCAGCAGCAACAGCAGCAGCAACAACGACAGCAGCAGCGACAGCAGCAGCAGCAACAGCAGCAGCAGCAACAGCAGCAGCAGCAACAGCUACCCGCAGAGCAUUAGCGAGUUCAGUGCGAGCCUCUCGCAGCAGGACAGACGCCGCCUGCUGAGGAGAUUCAUGAACGGGCACUUGGAAGUUUUGGUUUGUUCAGAUGUGGCAGCAAGAGGGCUGGACAUUUCAGGUGUACAGACAGUGCUGCACUACGACGCCCCACAAACCCCACACGCCUACAUCCACAGAUCCGGCAGAAGCGCCAGGGCUCGGAACAAGGGUUUGUCAAUUUGUUUGUUCACUCCUGAGGAAUUAACUCGCUUCAAAACUCUCCUCAAGAAAGGAGGCCUCACUUUGUUUGCCGAGAUGAAGAGACACCGCGUGCCUGCUGCUGCAGUGCGCCAGCUGCUCCCAGGCUACGACGAUUUGCUGCGGACGCUGCAGCGGCUGACUGCAGCAGAGAGCCGCUGCAGCUUGCGCCCCUCGGAGGCUCUCAAGAGCCAGUUGGCUAGCUAG